AUGUACACAAUUAAUUUGACUGAUGAAAAACCAGAUGAAAAAAAAGUUCCCGGUGGUGAUAUUCUUUACAGAAAAACUUUGAAAGUACAUAAGAAAUAUCAACCGCUAUUUGGUGAAAGAAUAGAUGUUAUUACGCCGAAAGAAUAUGCCGAAAUAUGCGAUAUCCAUGAGCUUCCAAGUAUCUCUAAAACGAAUUUGGAUGGCUGUACAAAUGAGGUACUGCCUUACAUUAUACAGAAGAUUAAGAUGUGGGGAUGCGGUGCACUUACAGCAAGUAGUAUUUCAAGACUGUUAAAAGAAUCUAAGAUGCCUUCAUAUACUGCAAAGUCAAAAAAAAAGCAUUCAUUCGGAAAAGCACUGAGUUCAACCCUUGACAAAGAGUUAGAUAAUGCAGCUAUAGCAUCAUCAAAUACAUCGGAAUGGAAUAGAAAUCCAUUGAAUCGAUUUGAUUGUAUUGUUAGAAUACUUAGCUCUGCAGAAUGUACUGUAUCUCAAGAUAUUCUACGAAUAAUGGCAAAAUUUCCAAUGACUCUACCUCUUAUAAUGCCAGACAUUGAGCAAGAAAAUGAAUUUAAAGUGAUGCUUCCACUCCUUACUGGCCCUGUAAUCAAACAGGAAGUUAAAUAUAGCGUGAUUGCUGAAAAUCAUCUUUUUUUAAAUCCAUUCAAGUUGCUUGUCGCUCUGCGGCUUGGCACGAAUUAUCUAUCAGGGAAAAGUACAAUUCUCAAUCAAUUGAUGGCAACAGAACACAUGUUUUCAUCAAGUAGUGAGCCUGGCGCGUCACGAGGUCAACCAUAUACCCUUUCUGGAAGUGUGGAAUUUGUUUGGCUUACUUAA